AUGGUUUACUGGGAUUCUAGAGAAUUUUCCUCUUCCCGUUGUCCUAUUGCAGUGAACGAAGUCUAUUCCGUCCGCCCGAAGUUCUGCGAGAAGCAACUCGAGGAUGUGUUUACCCUAGCUGAGAUGUGGGAUUAUCGUGAGAAACUUGUUCGGGCCGCUGUGACUAACUGUGUUCGUAUGGAGCAACAGGCGCAUGAUUAUGUUAUUUCUCAGGGUGAUGCUAAUGCACAGGAACAUUCUGAAGGUCUGUGGACUAUUGAUUUUGAUGAUGUGCGAGAGAAGCAUGCGGAUUCCGAUAAUCAUUUUGUUAAGUGGCAGCAGCAGGGCCUCUCACCUAAUGAGCCCCAUGUGGAAGUGUAG